CCGCCGCGAUGCUGGGCGUCGUGGAGCUGCUGCUGCUUGGGGCGGUGUGGCUGGCAGGCCCGGCCCGCGGGCAGAAUGAGACGGAACCCAUCGUGCUGGAGGGCAAGUGCCUGGUGGUGUGCGACUCCAACCCCACGUCCGACCCCACGGGCACAGCUCUGGGCAUCUCUGUGCGCUCUGGCAGCGCCAAGGUGGCUUUCUCUGCCAUCAGAAGCACUAACCAUGAGCCGUCCGAGAUGAGUAAUCGCACCAUGAUCAUCUACUUCGACCAGGUACUAGUGAACAUCGGGAACAACUUCGAUUCAGAUCGCAGCACUUUCAUCGCCCCGCGCAAAGGGAUCUACAGUUUUAACUUCCACGUGGUAAAAGUCUACAACAGACAGACCAUCCAGGUGAGCCUUAUGUUAAACGGGUGGCCGGUGAUUUCAGCUUUUGCUGGGGACCAGGACGUGACCCGGGAGGCCGCCAGCAACGGAGUCCUCAUCCAGAUGGAGAAAGGCGACCGAGCAUACCUCAAGCUGGAGCGGGGGAACUUGAUGGGGGGCUGGAAGUACUCGACCUUCUCCGGAUUCCUCGUGUUUCCCCUCUGACCGGCUC